AUGAGGGUUGCUGCAAUUGGUGUUACUGUCAAGCCAUGCACACCUUCUAUCCCUAAACUCACUCCUUCCACCAUCAUUCCGACACCUUCUAUCCCGAAACUCACUCCUUCCACCGUCACCCCUGAGUUUUCCUGGGCUCCAUUGAAACAAUAUGCCUCACUUCCCAACUCAGCAAAACUCGCCAAGAACUGGACGGAGUAUCAGGGAAUAGAUAAAUGGCAAGGCUUGCUUGAUCCUCUUGAUGAUAUUCUAAGGAGUGAGAUUCUAAGAUAUGGGAGAUUCGUCGAAGCUACGUAUCGUUGUUUCGAUUUUGACCCUUCUUCACCCACUUAUGCCACCUCUAAGUUCCCCAAGAACUCCAUACUCACCCGAUCUUGCAUUGGACAUACAGGUUAUAAACCCACCAAGCACCUGCGUGCCUCCUGUGGGAUUCAGCUGCCCACUUGGAUUGAUAAGGGACCAACCUGGCUUUCCACCCGGUCCAGUUGGAUUGGUUACGUGGCAGUUUGCCAUGACAAGGAUGAGAUCGCCAGGCUAGGCCGCCGCGACGUGGUCAUUGCCUUCAGAGGCACUACCACUUGCUUGGAGUGGUUCGAGAAUUUACGCGCCACGCUCACUUGUCUGCAUGAUGACGUGUCCAGUGUGGAUCCUAAAGGCGGCGGGGCGGUGCCCAUGGUUGAGAGUGGGUUUUUGAGCCUUUUCACUUCCUAUAGUGACACGUGUCCUAGCUUGCGAUACAUGGUGAGGGAAGAGGUGGAAAGAGUACUCCAACUGUACGGCGAUGAACCCCUCAGCAUCACCAUCACCGGCCACAGCCUCGGCGCUGCACUCGCUACGCUUGCAGCGUACGAUAUAAAAUCCACCUUCGACAAUGCGCCGAUGGUGACGGUCAUCUCGUUCGGCGGACCACGUGUCGGAAAUCAAAGCUUCAGAUGUGAGCUAGAGAAAAGCGGGACGAAGAUUCUACGAAUAGUAAACUCGGACGACGUGAUCACAAAAGUACCAGGCUUUAUAAUUGACAACAAUGAGAAUGAGAUAGGAGAGGCAAACAAGGAAGCUUUGCCGGGAUGGGUCGAAAAGCGCGUGCGACAGACGGCGCUGAUUUAUGCAGAAGUAGGACAAGAGCUGAGACUGAGCAGCAAAGAGUGCCCGCAUCUCUGCAAGGAAGGAGUGGUGACUUGUCACGAUCUCAGCACUUAUCUCCACUUGGUAAAUGGUUUCGUUAGUUCAAAUUGUCCCUUCGGGGCAACCGCCAUGACAGUUUUAUAUAAGCACCAUCGCCAAAAGCUGGCGAAGUUUGUAGAUUGA